UGGUGAUCAGUAAUCGUGCGAAUCCGUUCUGCAAUUUUCUGAUUCUUAUUGACGGUAUUAUCAGAAAUUAUACCGUUUGAGAAAGAAGCAUUAAGUGUAAUAUUUAUCUACUGUUGAAUAAAAUCGAUUAAUCAAUCUCCAAGAUGCCACGAAUUAUGAUAAAGGGUGGUGUCUGGCGAAACACCGAGGAUGAAAUCCUAAAAGCGGCUGUUAUGAAAUAUGGCAAAAACCAGUGGUCUCGAAUCGCUUCUCUGCUCCAUAGGAAAUCAGCUAAACAAUGCAAAGCACGUUGGUAUGAAUGGCUGGAUCCGAGCAUUAAGAAAACCGAAUGGUCUCGGGAGGAGGACGAGAAGCUGCUGCAUUUGGCCAAGCUGAUGCCAACGCAAUGGCGCACGAUUGCACCAAUUAUUGGCCGAACGGCGGCUCAGUGCUUGGAGCGGUACGAGUAUCUACUGGACCAAGCCCAACGCAAAGAGGAAGGCGAAGAUGGAGGUAUGGAUGAUCCGAGGAAGCUGAAACCAGGAGAAAUAGAUCCAAAUCCUGAGACAAAACCAGCCCGUCCGGAUCCGAAAGAUAUGGACGAAGAUGAAUUGGAGAUGCUGUCGGAAGCGAGAGCUCGCUUGGCUAACACACAGGGUAAGAAAGCAAAAAGAAAAGCUCGUGAGAAACAGUUGGAGGAAGCAAGACGGUUGGCUGCGUUGCAGAAGCGACGAGAAUUGCGUGCUGCUGGUAUUGGUCUGGGUAAUCGAAAACGGAAACUCAAAGGAAUCGAUUACAACUCGGAGAUUCCGUUUGAGAAAACUCCUGCUUUGGGAUUUUACGAUACGUCAGAGGAACAUGUGGUCCCCAUCGCAGCGGAUUUUUCCAGUCUUCGUCAGCAGAAUCUUGAUGGUGAGUUGCGAACUGAGAAGGAAGCUCGCGAACGAAAGAAGGACAAGGAAAAGAUUAAACAGAAGAAGGAGAAUGAUAUCCCACUUGCGAUGCUUCAAAAUCAGGAACCGGCAAAGAAGCGGUCAAAAUUAGUUUUGCCUGAGCCCCAAAUUUCCGACCAAGAGCUGCAACAAGUUGUCAAGUUGGGACGCGCCAGUGAAAUAGCUAAGGAAGUAGCUUCCGAGUCCGGAGUAGAAACUACUGAUGCGCUUCUCGCUGACUACAGCAUUACUCCGCAGGUAGCGAUGACUCCCAGAACUCCCGCACCGGUUACAGAUCGUAUCCUACAGGAAGCUCAAAACAUGAUGGCUCUCACACACGUUGAUACACCGCUCAAAGGUGGCGCUAAUACUCCACUCAUUCAGUCCGAUUUUUCGGGAGCUUUGCCCCAGAGUCAAGUGGUAGCUACUCCGAACACAAUUUUAUCCACACCGUUUCGUUCGGUACGUGGACCGGAUGGAGCAGCCACUCCAGCCGGUUUCCUAACACCGGCCUCGGGUGCUUUAGUUCCGGUUGGAACAACGCCCGGUGGUCAACCGGGAGCAACUCCUAAUUUCGUUCGAGAUAAGCUUAACAUUAACACGGAGGAAUCCUUGGCCGUUAGUGAAACUCCGGCCGCUUAUAAAAAUUAUCAAAAGCAGCUGAAAUCAUCACUAAAAAUGGGACUCGCUUCACUGCCUACACCUAGAAACGAUUACGAAAUUGUGGUGCCAGAAAAUGAGUCUGAUGCCGCCAUGCAUGACGGAACCGAUGCAGAACGUAUGGUAGCCGAUCAGGCCGAUGUCGACGCUCAGAAAAAACGUGAGCAGCAAGCUAAGGAAGCGAAAGAGCUGUCACUACGGUCGCAGGUCAUUCAGCGCGAACUACCUCGCCCGUUGGAUAUCAACAUGACCGUGUUGCGUCCAUCCAACGAAAUGCAAGGACUAACAGAGUUGCAGCGAGCGGAAGAGUUGGUCAAACAGGAAAUGGUUAAAAUGCUAAACUACGACGCGAUUCGCAAUCCGGUGAUAAAUCCACAAGCACCACCGACCAAAAAGAAUCCCUUGUCGCAGCAUCUGGCCUACCUGGAGCAGAACCCGUACGAGGAUGUUGACGAGGCCGAUCUGGAUCAGGCCAAAGAAAUGCUGCGCGAGGAAAUGGGCAUUGUCAAAGCUGGUAUGGCUCACGGGGACUUGUCGCUAGAAAGUUACACCCAAGUCUGGCAAGAGUGUCUAUCGCAGGUACUUUACCUACCCAGCCAAAAUCGGUACACCAGAGCAAAUCUCGCUAGUAAGAAGGAUCGCAUUGAAUCCGCCGAGAAACGAUUGGAAAUCAACCGGAAGCAUAUGGCCAAAGAAGCCAAACGAUGCGGCAAAAUUGAGAAAAAGUUGAAGAUCCUCACCGGAGGCUACCAGGCAAGGGCACAAGCUUUGAUUAAACAGUUUCAGGAUACAAAUGAACAGAUUGAGCAAAACAAUUUGGCGCUAUCUACUUUCAAGUUUCUGGCUGCUCAGGAAGAUUUGGCCAUUCCGAAGCGAAUGGAAUCUCUGACGGAGGACGUGAUGAGGCAGACCGAACGUGAAAAGGCAUUACAGAAGCGAUACUCACAGCUGAUCGAAGAAUUCAGGGAGCUGUCCAGAGAAGAGCGACCGAGAGUACAGUAUCUGUCACAACAACAGCAACCACCACCGCAGCAAAUAGUUGAAGUGUCUAAGCAAAAUGGAAGCAAGGAGGUAGAAAUUCAAGAAAGGGAGAAUGAUACGGUUGAAGACGAACGAUCAAAUGAAUUGCAGCCACUCGAGCAGCUUGCAGAACAGAAUGACGUCGCUAUGGAUUGUCAGGAGGAUGGUGAAGACGACCAGCAAGACUAGGGAAUACGACUGGCUGCGGAAAUAUUUAAGCGUUUAAGUUACAUUGUUCUAUACCUAAUGAUUGUGCUAGACAAUGGCUUAAUAAACUGCUCAUGAGCGUUCAAUUGAUAAAUCGAA